AUGGCACGUAAUGUAUCAUACAUGCUUAAUUUGUAUCAUACAAAGGAGACACCUUUAUUUGCACAAAAUGACUACCGGGAAGAGUCGAAUUCCGACUACAUAGCUCCAAGUGAAAGCGAAGAAGACUGUGAUGUCUCCGGAGAGAGUGAUUUUGAAGAAAGUGAUGAUGAAAGGUUGGAAAAUGAGGAAAGAGAUUGUAAUCUAUUCGCCCGACGCCAUGUAUAUAGUAAGAUGGGGAACUGGGAUGCCUCAUGUGUAGACAAGGAUGAGUUUGCUCUUAAGAUGUGGGAUGAGACGCCCGAAGGAAUGGACAUUGGUGUUUGUUUCAAAUCUCAAUCAGAAACAAAACAUGCUGUGAAAUUAUGGAACAUCCAUCAUAAAAGGGAAUAUACGGUCGCCGCGAGUAGUCCAAGGACGUGGGCUGUGCGGUGCAGAACAUUUAAUGUGGAAAGUGAGGAUGGUGAACCACCAUAUGUGCCAUACAAAAGGGCGUGGCACGGGAGGAGGAAAGCCAUAGAAGCGGUCUAUGGUGAUUGGACCUCCAAUUUCGAAGAACUUCCACGAUAUAUCGCUGCGCUUAAGUUUACUAAUCCUGAGACUGUAGUAGAGUGGGAAUGGAAGGAGGGACAAGAAGGUUGGAACAGGGGAAACCGGACAUUUAAAUACGUCUUCUGGUCAUUUGCACCGGUGGCUGAGACGUUUUUUGAAUGUCCACCGGUCAUUUGUAUCAAUGGAACCUUUUUGCGUGGUGGAUACGAGGGUAAAUUGCUUGUUGCGGUGGUCUAUACCGCAAACAAGCACAUUUUACCGGUUAUAUUUGUGAUUGUGGAUGAGGAGACAGUAGAGAGUUGGACAUUUUUUAUGAGGAAUUUGAGGUUGUGGAUUGUGUAUGAUAGAAUCGUAAGUGUGAUAUCCGACCGGAAUGCAUGGUUGUUGAGCGCAAUGUCACAGAUGGAUGAAUGGCGUGAUUUAGGUGAUGGUGGGCACUUUCUUUGCCUCCGCCACGUUCGCAGCAAUCUUGUGUCGCGAUAUAAUAGAAAAAAGGUGAAGCGGUUAUGUUGGAAGAUGGGCACGACGCUUUCAAGAGUGAAAUACAACCGUAUGAGGGCAGAGCUUAUUGAAUUCAAACCUGCUGCAUGGGAGUAUCUUCGAGGGAUUGGAGGGAGUAACUGGGCUCGUUUGAAAGCCGGUCUUCGCCGUUGGGGCAUAGCGACAACCAACAUUUUUGAGAGUUACAACAAUGCGUUGAAAGGGAUCCGUUUUUUACCAAUUAGAGCCUUGAUCGAUGCAACCUUUCGCAAAACUGUUAAAUUCUAUAGAGAAGAACAAUUGUCUGCGAGAAAUUGCAUGACACCGAUCCCUCCUGAGUUAUGGAAAAAAUACGAGAAAAUGAAUGACAAAGCAGCCAGUUUUGAAGCCACCCCUUUCGAUGGUGAUGAUGCUAUGUGGCGUGUUUUUACUGCCACACGCCUAAGUGGCAGGGGUGGGUCUCUGCAUAUGGUGAACUACGAUGAACAUAGGAUUGAAAUGGCGACGCCGGCAUCGGGCUCGCAAUAUGACUAUCAACCUAAACAUCUUCACCCGGGACCUAUACAAGAUAAAAUGCUAUAUCGUCAAACAAAGCAUAGGUCCCAAGCUGUCUAUGAGAAUAAGAUACCGGACAUUAAAACAUUCAGCCCUCAAGGGAUGUGGGAAUGUAGGUACACCUACGGCGACGCCCCAAGGAGCAGCACUCCACCUUUUAGAGAUCAGUUAAUAAGUCUGCGUGUUGAAGAUUUUCGGUGGCAACUAUAUGCACAUGUCCUCCAUAGACUCCCUGAUUUCUGUACACAAGGCCACGAGUCGGGCAGAGUCGUAAGACAAUUUGGAUGCAUAAAGGAUGUUCCCAAGCGCCCCAUGAUUAAAGAUAACGCAGCAUUCCUUCUCGACCACGCCCACAGUAUGUCUGGGUAUCCUAGCAAUAAUUGGGUGGACCACCAUUCCGCAGUACGUCGUCAUUGGAAUAGGAGAGAAGAGUUCGUGCUACGAGAUUUGGAGGAAGUAGAUCCUGGUUCCGUAUAUGAGGGGUACUAUAAAUGGUUCAUGGUGAACACUGUCAGACUGAUAUCCAAUCCCGAUAAUUAUGAACCUCAAGGAUACGAGACUUCUUUGAGCCGCGUGAAAUUAUAUGGUGAAGUAUUGAACAACAUUCGCGUGAGUACCGAGAGGUUUAGAGAAAAACGAGAAGAUGAUAAUCUCCUAGACGAAGAACUUGACAAGCAUUUGGACGAUAUCAUCAAUCAAACACAUGCUGCUUUAACCUUGGGCGCAAAUGAUGAGAUGGAGGUGGAGGAUACCCAAAUCCUAGUUGAUGAAGAUCCAUUUUUGCCCUCACAACCUCCGCCGGGUAAAAAAGCGAAACCGUGGUCGAGAGAUAAGAUUGGAGGAGGAAGAAAGAGGAAGGUCGAGACUCAUUUUGAAGAAGCUGGUGGACCCGAGACUCAGUUUGACCUUGGUGGACCCGAGACUCAGUUUGACCUUGGUGGACCUGAGACUCAGUUUGGUGGACAGUCGCAACCACAACCGGGAGUCAAAUUUAUCACCAUGGGGGAGUCCCAAUCCCAACCCCAAAUCGAGACUCAGUUUGGUGGACAGUCGCAACCACAACAAAGUUCAAUACUCAAGUAUCUUAAGAGGGGAGACAGGAUCCUGCAGGGUCCAAACAAAUACACUCCGGAUGCGCACAAUAAAGGAAAAGGGAAAAAAUGA